AAAAUCCACUUUGUCUAUAGAUCGUCAUAGGCUCCCCCAAAAAGUAUGUACGGAGGCUGAAUUUGAUCACUGAACGAUUUUCAACCUCCAUAGUCUAUGGCGUUGUCAAAUUCCCUUUUCUUCCCUUCCUUUUCUUCUCCCAUCGGCCACCUUCGUCCCUCAGUUUCCGAUCCGGGCUUCGCGCCUCUUCUAGCUUCUCUCGCUUCCUCCAGAUUCUGCUGCAACUUUCCCGAGAGCGGCACUAAAGCCAAUUUCUAUGCGAGAAAGUACAUUGUUUAUGCUGCUAACAGUGGUUUCGAUGCGUUUAAUUCCAUUUCAUUGCAGACUGGCCAAGAUGAUUAUAUCCCAAUGCCAAUUGUUUUGAUCGAUCAAGAAUCAGAUUCAGAAGCAACAGUUGUGCAGCUGAGUUUUGGAGAUCGUCUGGGUGCUCUCAUUGAUACAAUGAGAGCAUUGAAAGAUUUGGGAUUAGAUGUUUCAAAGGGAACUGUUGUUACUGAAGGACCAGUCAAACAAACAAAACUUUUCAUAACGCGAUCAGACAAUGGGCGCAAAGUUGAAGAUCCUGAUAUGUUAGAGGGAAUUCGACUCACCAUUAUAAAUAAUCUUUUGAAGUACCAUCCAGAAUCUAGUGAGCUACUUGCUAUGGGUGAGGCUUUUGGAGUAAAGGCUCCAGAGAAGAAGCUUGAUGUUGACAUUGCUACUCGUAUACUUAUCGAGGAGGAUGGACCCAAGAGGAGCUUGCUUUCCUUAGAGACGGCAGAUCGACCUGGACUGCUGGUAGAGAUCAUCAAAAUCAUUGCUGAUGUCAGCAUUGAUGUAGAAUCCGCAGAAAUUGAUACAGAGGGAUUAGUAGCGAAAGACAAGUUUCAUGUUAGCUACAGAGGAGCAGCCUUAAAUAGUUCCUUGUCUCAGGUGCUGGUGAAUUGCCUGCGUUAUUACCUUAGAAGGCCGGAAACCGAUAUCGAUAGUUAUUAAUACUUGAAGAUUUGCCACUUAUGAAACAAAUUCGCUGGUUCUUGUUCUAAUUCCUAUGUGAGCUCAGGAUAUCAAACUUUCUUGAU